CAUUCAUGUGAACCCAUCUUCUCGUUCUUCUUCCUCUCCGCAGAGAGCACCUCCCAUCUCUGCACUAUGCUCUCUGCAACUUUGCGGAGGUACUACCCAACUAGAUUGUCGCAAUUCGUAUACGAAGUUACGAUGAGCCAUCCAGUUCUCGCAUAAUCGAGAUCGAGCCUCUGCUCGUUCAUUUGAGCUUCGCCUCAUCGACUUUCGCCCCCCAAGAAAUGGCGCUGAAAUUCGCUCUUCCGUUUCCCAUGUUCGCGCCGCCGUCGCUCAACCCCAACUCUGCUCCCAAUUCGAAUGCGGCCUCGCACCGGCCGCCGACGGACAUCCGCUUCUCUCGGUGGAACAACGCCAACGCCGAGCGGUUCAACGAGCGACGCAGGGCCCAGGAAGAGAUCGAGGACGAUAUCCGCCGCGAGCGCCGCUUCAACUCCGCCACCAGAAUUGCCCAGGUUGACGGCCCAGCCACUGGCGGUGACGCUGCCACAACCAUUUCCAGCUCCCCGGACAUAUUCCACUCCAGAGGCACGCCGUCUUCUCCAUCGAGCCCUUCGAUUCCGGGUAAGAAAUCUAAGUACUCCAAGGAUCAACACCCGGCUUUUAGGCGGAUUUCGCAUACCCGAAGAACCCAAGAGAAGAAAACUGACGUUCCUGAGGACCCAAUUGAUAGGAAAGCCAACGUUGUGUUGAGUGGGGAUGGGUUGUCUUAUGUUAUAGACGGGGCUCCGUUUGAGUUUAAGUAUAGUUACACGGAGACGCCGAAGGUGAAGCCAUUGAAGCUACGAGAAGCGCCUUAUGCGCCUUUCGGGCCCACUACCAUGUCGAGGCCAUGGACAGGGCGCGCCCCGCUGCCACCGAGCAAAAAGAAGGUGAAGGAAUUCGAUUCUUUUCGGUUGCCACCACCUGGAAAGAAAGGGGUGAAGCCAGUUCAGUCACCCGGCCCGUUCUUACCAGGCAGGGGGCCGAGGUAUGUGAGGACGAGGGAGGAGAUAUUGGGGGAGCCAUUGACGGAGGAAGAGGUGAGGGAUUUGGUUAAUGGGUGUAUUAAGUCCCAGAGGCAGCUGAAUAUGGGUAGGGAUGGUUUGACUCACAAUAUGCUGGAUAACAUUCAUGCUCACUGGAAGCGGCGCCGAGUGUGCAAGAUAAAAUGCAAAGGAGUUUGUACAGUAGACAUGGACAAUGUGAAACAACAGCUGGAGGAGCGAACUGGAGGGAAGAUCAUUUACAGCAAAGGAGGGGUAUUAUACCUUUUCAGGGGCAGAAACUAUAACUACAAAACUCGUCCUCGCUUUCCACUGAUGCUGUGGAAACCUGUUACUCCUGUGUAUCCAAGGUUGAUUAAGAGGGUUCCAGAAGGUCUAACACUGGAAGAAGCUACGGAGAUGCGCAGGAAGGGACGGAUGUUGAUACCAAUAUGCAAACUUGGUAAAAAUGGUGUCUACUAUGACCUGGUACGGAAUGUUAGAGAGGCAUUUGAAGAGUGUGAAUUGGUCAGAAUAAAUUGCCAAGGGAUGAAUGGCAGUGAUUAUAGGAAAAUUGGUGCGAAACUCAAGGAUCUAGUCCCAUGUGUGUUAAUCUCAUUUGAAUAUGAGCACAUACUUAUGUGGAGAGGAAGAGAGUGGAAGUCUUCCUUUCCAACUCCUGAAGGUCAUUCCAAGGAUAAUGCAUCUAGUGCUGAUCGUGCAUGUGAAAAAUCUCCUCUUCCAGUAAUCUCAAAACAGGAUGAAAAACAGGAGGUUCUGGUGAAAACCAGUCCUCUUUUUGUUCAAGAAAAUGAGGUAUGCGGAGUUGCUGAUGCAGAUUCAAUUUCGAGGGAGUUUGAUGGAAAUAAAAUCACUGUAGGCAGCGAAAGCAGUGAAGCAGAUGAAUCAGAAGAUGCAAAGAGCAUCAAUGCAGCUGCUGCCAGGCCUGAUGUUGUUGCGGAAGAAUCUGAAACCACGGUGGAAACUGAGAAACUGCACAAUGUUUCAGAAGCUUUGCCUGAUCAAAUCCAACCAACAAGAUCAAUGUCACCUUGCACGGAGCAAGUGCUUUUGCUGUUAAAGCAGGCAGUUGAGACCGGCAGUGCACUUAUCUUGGAUACUAACUCAUUGGAUGCUGACAUUGCUUACCAAAGGGCGGUUGCUCUUGCAAAGACUGCUCCACCUGGCCCCAUUUUUAGGCACCGACCUAAGAGAGCUAUGUCCAAGAAGAUUGUGAAGGAAGAAGGUAGAAAUGAACAUGCCGAAAGCGUACCUUCGUCUACACUUACAGGGAGGGGAAACAAGCAUAGGGAUCCAAAAAUUCGAAGGAAAAAAGAUUUGGAUGAACUCUACUUGAAUGUACAACCGCAUGGAAGCUUGAGGGUUGAUGAACUUGCCAAGUUGUUGGCAUGAGUUUUGAUGAUUGUUGACAUUUCACGGGGAUGCAUGCAUCAGCUAAAAAUUUUGUCAGUAUGAUUGAUGUUAAUCUCUGCUGAUUCUU